UUUCAAUUAUUGUUUUACCUUUUUUUAUCUUUAAUCUCUGAAACUCUCCCAAAUCAAAACCAGUGCUUCAAUUUUUUGUUCUCUCUUCCAUUUUUGUGGUUCUCCCAAGCUCAUUCAUAUCCAUGGCUACUCAAGGUCAAGUAAUCACCUGCAAAGCGGCGGUGGCCUGGGAACCCAAUAAGCCCUUGGUGAUCGAAGAUGUUCAGGUGGCUCCGCCGCAAGCCGGAGAGGUUCGGAUCAAGAUUCUCUUCACUGCUCUUUGCCAUACCGAUGCUUAUACUUGGGGCGGCAAGGAUCCUGAAGGUCUCUUUCCAUGUAUUCUUGGGCAUGAGGCUGCAGGGAUUGUGGAGAGUGUUGGUGAAGGUGUAACUGAAGUUCAGGCUGGAGACCAUGUCAUUCCUUGUUACCAGGCAGAAUGCCGGGAAUGCAAGUUCUGCAAAUCAGGGAAGACAAAUUUAUGUGGCAAGGUUCGUGUUGCAACUGGAGCAGGAGUCAUGAUGAAUGACCGCAAAAGUCGUUUCUCUAUAAAUGGAAAACCUAUCUUUCAUUUCAUGGGAACCUCAACAUUUAGUCAGUACACAGUUGUUCAUGAUGUUAGUGUUGCAAAGAUUAAUCCACAAGCUCCUUUAGAUAAAGUGUGCCUUCUUGGAUGUGGUGUUCCUACCGGUCUUGGAGCUGUUUGGAACACUGCAAAAGUAGAGCCAGGUUCCAUUGUUGCUAUCUUUGGUCUUGGGACUGUCGGUCUUGCUGUUGCAGAGGGCGCAAAAUCUGCUGGUGCUUCCCGAGUAAUUGGCAUAGAUAUCGACAGCAAGAAGUAUGACACAGCGAAGCAUUUUGGAGUUACAGAAUUUGUGAAUCCAAAGGACCAUGAUAAACCGAUUCAACAGGUCCUUGUUGAUCUCACAGAUGGAGGUGUUGAUUACAGCUUCGAAUGCAUUGGAAAUGUCUCAGUGAUGCGAGCUGCUUUGGAAUGCUGCCACAAGGGUUGGGGAACAUCAGUUAUUGUGGGUGUAGCAGCAUCAGGGCAGGAAAUAUCAACUCGACCAUUUCAGCUGGUGACUGGCCGUGUCUGGAAAGGAACAGCCUUUGGGGGUUUCAAGAGCCGAACUCAAGUACCUUGGCUAGUCGAAAAGUACUUGAAAAAGGAAAUCAAGGUCGAUGAGUACAUUACUCACAACAUGAAACUCGGGGAGAUUAACGAGGCGUUUCAUCUGAUGCAUGAAGGAGGAUGCCUCAGGUGUGUGCUCUCACUGGAUUGAUCAAGUGUUUCGCAAGUCUCUCGAGGCACCAAGCUUUGUCUUUUACCUUUUUCUUUUCUCUUUAUGAUGAUGAAGUUGAAUAACUUGGGCUUACCUUAUUUCCCUCUUUUGUGGUAAAUCAAUCAAGCUUAAUAACAUGGUAAUUGGACAUUGUGUUGUUAUUUCCUUUUUUUCCUAAUCUAAAAUGAGAAGGGUUAUUGGUGAGAUAA